GCGCUCCGCAGCAAAAGGAUGUGUGAGCAGGCAGCGCGCUACUGUAGGGACGGAGUCCACAAACUGCUUAACAAAGAACAAGCCAAACUUCGUGCCCAAGAAAGCCGCGAGCAGCCGAAACCCGUAGCCGGUCAGGACAGCGAGUCCGCGACGGCAGCGCAGUCCGGAAACAGCGGCGCCCAGCCCGGUGGAAUCGACGGGCUCGUCCGCUGGAUCGUCACCAAAAUGAGCGACAACAAGAACAUCUCCAGCCGGGAGUACGCUUCCAGCAAGGAGGAGGUGGCCGUGGCUCAGGAGCAGUUCUUCGCCCCGGAACCGCGGAGAGGCAUCUCCGUUAUUUUGGAUAUAUUUAGAAGAGCUGACAAAGAUGAUGAUGGCAAGCUAUCUCUGGAUGAGUUCCAAGCCUUCUUCUCCGAUGGCACGCUGAACGAAGAAGAGCUGGAGAAGCUGUUUCACACUAUCGACUCUGAUAACACCAGUAAUGUUGACACUAAGGAACUCUGUGACUACUUUGCCAAGCACAUGGGGGACUAUGAGGGAGUUCUGGCCUCGCUGGAAACACUCAACCUUUCCAUCCUCAAAGCCAUGGACUUCACCAAAAAGGUUUAUGAGAGAGGAACCAAUGUGGAGCAGUUUGUAACCCGUUUCCUGCUGAAGGAAUCAGCCAAUCAGAUCCAGUCUCUCCUGAGCUCUGUUGAGAGUGCCGUGGACGCUAUUGAUGAGCAGCACAGCCAAUCAGGUCACCUACCUGCCAAGGUGAGUCCUCGGAUGUCAGAGAGGCGCAACGAAAACACCAUCCCUGACUAUCCCCCCAACAACAGAGUCAGUGCCAGGGAGGCUGUCAGGACCAUCAACACUGCUUCAGGUGCAGUAGAGGUGAGAAAAGAAGGUCUGGACGCUCAAAUCAACCGCCUGGCUGAACUAAUUGGACGACUGGAGAAUAAGACAGUCUGGUUUGAUCUGCACCAGAGGCUAACAGACACAGAUGGCACUACCAGCGCAUCCUUGCUGCUGAUUCGUCAAGAGAUGGUGGUUUCCCAGAAGAAGCUCGGCGAGUUUUGCGAGGCUCUGAAGCAGUACCUGAAAAAUGUCUCCACUCAGAGAGACUGCUUUCAUGUGACUGCGGUGCGUCUGCCAGACGGUUUAUCCUUUGUCGUCUACGAGUUCUGGGAUGGAGAGGAGGAGUGGAAGAGGCACCUCCAGUCGGCUCCCAACAAAGCCUUUCAGCAUGUGAAGGUGGAUACACUGUGCCAGCCAGAGGCUGUGUCCUCUGUAGCCGUGCCAGCUGCCUGGUGCAGUGUGAACAGGGACUGAGCAUGAAGAUAUUCAACUACACGCCACGACUCCUGGACACUCCCCACCUCCCUUUGAACCCCCCCGUCCCGCCCUUGCGUUUCACCCGCUCUCACCCUCCCCCUCUCAAACCCCCUCCUCUUUCAACCCUCACAUUCCUCAACUCUUUUUGUAAGUACAUGUUUACACAGUGCAAAUGAAUGGUGUCAACUGCAGUGAAAAUUGAACAAACAGUGCAUUUUACAAUGUGAGAUUACUAAUGCGUUUGCAUCUCACCAUAGUAGUUUGCUGGCUCAAGAUAUUGGAUUGUCAUGUUCAUGUUUCAAGUAGCUUUGAGCCACUGUAAGGUGGAGUUUGUCAUGUAGCAAGGACCCUGACGUUGAGUUUUUCAUGUAGCAGUUACUGUUAUGGGGUAGUGCAUUUGGGGAUGUGGCUUUUUUUCACUCCCAUUAGCAGCGGUGUAGUGGUAGUUGAUGAGGUGGGUGUAAUACUAGGUAGAUGGGUAGGUUACCAAGGAGGAAGUGGGUAUACUUUACAAUAGAUUCCAGUGGCUUUUGGCUGAUAGGUGAGUGUACUGUAAAUGGCCAGAAAAAGGUGGGUAUGGGUAUACCCCAUAUACCUGCGUAUACCUUCCACUACACCACUGGCUGUUAUGGUUGACCACAGGUAGCUCAUCUAGUUAACUGUUAUUUCACAGUAGGUGCUCAUUCCACAUUUGCUCCCAUACACAGUAUUAUAAUAAUUAUAUUUUUGUUCAUUUUAUAAUCGACCAAAAGCCAUGGACAUUAUUCUCACAUCAGCCAUUCUGAACUCACAUCGACAUGUUGAGUAAAGGAGGACUAUACAGAGUUAGUUGCCAGAUUAGCUUGCAAUCUCAGGAAAACUGAAUGCUUUGAAUUUAGCUUGAAGGUUAGCUAGCUCCCUGGCUAGCUGUCAAACCUACUGUUUUGAGUUGCUAAGUGACGAAGUUUGGGUUGUUUAAAAAAAAAUUAUGUUGAAAACCAUGAAGGCCUUGCAAGCAGCCAAUGAGUUUUUAGAAUGAAUAUGUACAAAAUGUGUUCUGACAUGGACAAAAGCUAGCUCGAGCCACUAGCUCAAUAACUUAAUAAAACAUUUCCUCAUACAUUAUCUAUACAUGCCACAUAUGUCAAUUUGAGAGAAGGACAGAAGGUUCCAGAAGGACCUGAAGACAGAUUUACCAUUGUUAGAUUCUGAGAGGUGGCUGUAAUAUUAGCCUGAACACAGCCUCUCUUUUGUAAACCCGUUUUUGGAAAAGAAAAAUUACUUUUUGAAGGUAAGAAGGACUCCAAGUGUUAUAAGGAAGGCAUAUAUAGGCCUGAAACAUAUUACAUCUUUUGAUUAAAAAAACAUAAAACAAUUUUAUUAUCUCAAAGAGAACAAGCAUUGACAGAUGGCCUAGUUGACCAAUGUAUCACCGUGCGAUUACAUUAACAAGCGGUAUUGGUGCUUAAUGUAAUAAAUAAUGUAACAUCUUUAGUUACUUCAUCAAAGUAACGUAACUUACUACAUGUAAUUACUUUUUGAUUACUUUUCUAUCAUCUGUUUUAACCUGGGCAAUAAAGCUGAAAAAUGUCCAGAAAUAGGCUAUGACAAAAGAAGGCAUUCCUGCAUGGCAAAAGGAUGCAAAGUAACAAAAUGAGUAUUAUAUUCUACUUAUAAACCUUUUACCAAAAAGAAUAUAUUCAGAUGUACUCCCAUUUUUAUUGGUACUUAUUUUCUCCUAGUAACUGUAACUGAUUACAAUUACAUCAUGUUAUUAAUUACUCCCCAAUAUCGCCAAUGAUACUGAGAAUUCACUCAAUAUUUUACAAUAGGUUAUAGUCCCCUGCACACUCAUGCUAUCAGAGAACCAGGGUUACAGUCGUAACUUUGGGUUUUAAACACUUACUUGCAUCUUCCAGACUCCUCAGGUCCAUUUGUUUUGUUGCCUGAGCUUGAGCUUGUUGAGUUUGAAGUACAUUCAUGUACAAUGGCUGCUGUGGGAGUAAUGUCUAUAAUGGUAGGAAUUUAUUUAGCAUGUGUAAACACAGCAACAGAAUGAGCAACAGAACCCUAAACCCAAAUCUCUGUGAAACUAGACAUCACGAUGACAUCAGAUGGUGACCGGCCAAAAGGAGAGGGCAAGUUCAGUGUCUUGAAUAAUGAAAAGACGUCAGUCUUCACAAAAAUUUGGGUAUUUAGAUGAUUUUGAUUGAGACGUGUUGAGAAACAUUUAGAGAGUUGGUAAUUUACAUUCCUUUAUGUAGCUUUUAUUUCAUGAAACAUUUUGGAGUUGACUCUCUGAGCAUUGACAUCAGGGUCAUUAAAGAGGUGAGAUGAAUAGAUCGUUUGGUGUCAAGGGAUAAUUUGUGACUUAGAGUCUGCUGCUACCUUGAGACAGAAGAGACUAAGUUGAGAGAGAUACAGGCAGCACCUCACUGUUCUCCAUGCAGCUAAAGUUUGUUUAAUUUAUGCCUUCUGUUUGUGUAUUCCUUGUCUGAAUUGGCGGUGGGUAGCUUAUAUUAGCUGUGGAAGUCUAGUAGAGAUUGUACAUAUGGAAAAUGUUGUUCUAUUAUGAUUAGAUUUGUAUUUAUUGGCAUCUUUUAGUGCUAUGGUGCAAUUUUUUUCCUCAGUGGAAGUGGCAGUAGCUUUCUAGGUGCUGCAGCUUCUUGUAACAGUUUGUUUGAAUCCAAAUACCUAUCUCCCAUCUGAAACUUCAGACAGAUAAACCCAUCUGAAUAACAUUGAAUAUGAAGCCUUAAACAUCACCACAUGGUAAAAGA